CGCUUGCGUUCGAUGUUUCGAGUUUGCUCGGCGGUGUGGUUAGCAGCAUUUGCCCACUAUUGCCGCUUGCGAUUCUUCGAAAUUAAAUUGCUUCAAACCUAUAACCUUUCGCAUUUCGUUCUUGUUGAAGAGGUAAUAUUUUGCCGCUUAUGUUUUGCUUUUCAGGCUAUGGAGACCAUAUCUGGUCCUGCCGCUGAUACUGGGCGCGCUCGCUUGUUACUUCAUUGCAAGUGAACGCAGUUGGACGAAUUCCUCAUGGCAUUUCAAACGAAAACGUGCAGAUGCGUGGACAGGCAGUGCGCCCUCACAGAGGUUGGAGUUCUCCCGAAUCUUCUUCCUCGAGACCGGUGGCCACGGAUCCCUCACGGCACGCAUCGCCUGCGCGGUUGAAUCGGCGGCGAGGAUGCACCCUCACUGGACUGUGCACUUGUUGUCAGCGGACUAUGGUGAAGCCUCGCGAGGAAACACCACGUUCGCGGGCCCUUUCGCUCAGUUGCUGAGGUCCAUUCCGAACGUCGUCGUGAGUGUCGUCAGGCCGCAGGACGUGUUCCAGGGGACGCCGCUGGAGCCGUGGUACAAAUCUGGGAUACUCAACAAGAGCGCCUACCCCGUCGAGCACCUGGCCGACGCUCUGAGGCUGGCGGUGUUGUACAAGCAUGGCGGCGUGUACCUCGACACCGACGUAGUCGUGAUGCGGCCGCUGGACUCGCUCCCGCCCUGCGUUUUCCAGUCGCCGUCGAAUGGUGGAGACAUGGUGAGCAACGGUUUCCUGGCCUUCCACCGAGGCGACCCGUUUCUGCAGUACCUGAUGGAACUCGCACGCCACGUGUACAGGCCACGCGAGUGGAGCUCCAUCGGGCCCUGGCUACUGCGCCGGGCGACGCUGGCUCGCUGCGGGGCCAACACGGUGACAGUGCUGCUUGGGCGCCGAUGCGGUGGCGACACGGGCUUCAAGGUGAUGCCCCAUUGGAUGUUCCUGCCAGUUCCCGCCGAGGGCUGGGACGUGUUCUUCACCGCCAACGCCAGCCGCAAGGCGUGGCUCAUGUCCGCCGGGAGCUACGUCAUGCACGUCUACAACAAGCUGAGCUCGAGAGCGCACGCGGUCCCAGGGUGCGCCUACAGGGAGGCGGCGGAGGUUUUCUGCCACGACAGUAUGCAACUUUCCUUGAACAUCAACGGCAUCUUCUGACAGCCACUCAGAAACAACUUCACCUGGCUAUGAAUUCAUCUCCAGUAGCAUAUGCCAAUUUCGCAUGCGUACCUGAAGGUGACAGACUUGAGCGCCCGGCUGUAGACACGCUGCACUUUGUAUAGUGCGCGUGACUGAACUGAACUUUCUUCCCUCUCUCUCGUUCACUUUCCAUACCCACGUGUAGGUUGGCAUAUUGGACAAAGUUUAGUUAACAAGCUAACAACAAGUUAAUAAGUUAACAAGUAAUAGCACAAGACACAGGACAAAAGGAGGAGACAGACGAAGGCAUAUCCAUCUUAUUUCCUGGGCCUUGCGCUGUUACUAGUUUUUUUUAUUCAACCUGCACCAACCGGCCCAAGUUAGCACUUUAUUGCAGUUAACAAGCCUUCCUUUUCCUCUACCUAUACGCAAACGUGGCGCGAAGUACCUCCACUGAUUUCAUCACACGUGCAAAAUUCGGAGCCUUAGCCGUGUUUGCAUUAUAGUACGUGAUAUUUUGGAUAGUCCAUGAAUCUUGCGUUCGAUUAGUAGAGUGACUAAUGCACAGCCUGCUUUGGACAGUGCUGACCACUAUCCAUCGUCCUGUGUGUGUCGCCCCGAAUCAAUUUAGCUCUCGCGAUUUUUUUUUUUUUUUCUGAUGCAGCACGCCAAGAGGCGGCACAUGGUACAAUGAACGGCUAUGUGUUCCUGUACAUGGCUCGUAAGCACCGUGACCUUCGUAGGAAGUGUCUUGUUCCUGCAAAGGCUGUUAAGACGUUUCUCCCGCUGUAACUUUAUCAUUGUUGAGCAUGCUGUGAAUGUGUUAACUGUUGAGCAUACUAUUACUGUGCUGACCGCUCAAUCCACCAGGGCUUAGAAACUGGGCAGCUUUUGAAUAGGAACAAUCUUCCUUUCUCGCUGGUGCCGACUUCAAAGAGGUAUUUAAAUCCGCAGCCUGGUAGGCACCUUCAUAUGACCUAUUCAUGCAUGCUUGUGUGUUCUUGUAGUCUGAUAACCUUCUCCCCCCUUUAUUUUCUCUGGGAUAUGCGGACAUGCCCUCUUGGCGUUUUGGCAUUUGGUUAUUGACUGUUGACGUUGUUUUUCACUACCAUUAUCUUUAUUAAUUUUUUUCGAGGGCGAAACGCAAAAAUACUCUGAUUCUAUCUCCCUUCUUUAGGAGUGUUUGAAUAAUGAAGUUCUCCAAUAGGAAUAUUCCAAAAAUACGUGCCUAGAUUGUCGAAUUAAACCACGAAUAUUGAUCUGCUUCUACCACUAGAAAUACGAACAUGGGGACUCAAGGUGGCUCAAAGUUGAUUUAUUUCCUCCAAUAACGCUUCAUGCUAUUUGCGAGUUCGUUCUUCUAGGGAGCUGUAAAUGUACAAAGAAAGUGCGAACAGUCACUACACAGCUUCCUGUCGUCUGACAACGGAUACAUCGAGCGGCCGCUGAUAUAUAAGCAUGGUCUAUUCUCCUAGCAGGCUAUGCAGGCUUAGCAGGCUAUUCAGCAACCUCGUCCGUGCGGCACAAGAUCGCACAUUCGAAAUAAAAUGUUUCA